CCCACUCGCGGCAGCGGACGCUGCACAGCGCGGAGCUCCCUUCCCGCGCUCGCACGCCGACGCGUCAGCGACGACGCGACGCCAGCACCCUAUAGGCUGCCAUCCUAAGAAAUGGCAGAGGCCGAGAUGAAGACGCGCGCCGCCGCCGACGAGCCGCGGCGGCCGACGCUGACGCUCGACGACGAGUCGAAACCAAAGUUAACCAUUGGCGACGACGACGACACCGACGCCCUCGUGCCCGCGGCGACGCCGAGAUUGGUGUCCGCCUAUGCCGCCGAAUUAGCGUUCGAGAGCUCCAAGCUCUCGUGGAGGACGCGCAUCGCGGACUACUUGAGAAUAAACCCCUUCGCGUACAGCGCCUUCAACACGAUCUGCACGGUCCUCGCCAUCUGGUUGUACCUGGAGAGCACGGCGUUUGGCUAUGAGGAAUCGUUGUGGGAGAACCGCUUAGAUAUGUUCCUGUCGUUGUGGUUCUUUCUCGUGUACUGUUUUGAAGUUUGGUUAGCCCAUGAUCGGUUGUAUCAUUGCGUGAAAUACGAGACGGUCUGUGACCUCCUCAGUGUGUUGCCGGGCGUGCAGCAUCUGGGACUGAAAUACUCGGAAAGGGUUCUGUUCUUCCGAGCGUUUCGGUGCUUGAGGAGUCUGAGAAUGAUUAGGGUCGUGGGCUUCUGGACGCCGGGCUUGACGCGACGGUUCAUCGAGGCAUUUAUGUCCUUGGUAUGUGGUGUUUUUAUAAUAACAGCAUUAGUCUACCACGUGGAGAAGAUCCGGACGGACCAGUUUUCGGUUGGGCGGAUGUCCUUCUUCCGAUCCUUUUAUUUCACAGUUGUUACGUUAACGACCAUUGGAUAUGGGGAUCUAUAUCCAGCAAGGUUCGAAUCUAGGUUGAUCGUGGCCGUUUGUGUCCCGAUGAUCGUUGUUUUAGUACCGGUCAAGCUCGCUAGAUUGCAUGAAAUGACGACAGAAAGGAAGGUCUACGCGAGGGUCGCUAGAUUGGUCGCCCCGACGACCGACUGGUUCCACGUCGUCGUGUGCGGCAAUUUUGGCGGCUUAGCCGGCACCGAAGGCUACGGCCUCGCCGGCCAACUACCUGUGGCGUUGGAACACGUCUAUGAUAGGAGACGGAUCAGCCAGCAGAACACGUUCUUGAGGCUAGUUUUGUUGCAACCACACGAUCCCAGUAUACAGGUCAAAAAUAGAUUAUUGGAGCACCCCUUCUACGAGACGCGAUUACGGUGGGUCACGGGCACGGCCUUCGACGAAAAGUCGCUCGUGAAGCACGCCAAGGGGCACAAAGCGCGGAGCUUCGUGGUUUUGGGCGAUGACGCGGUGCCGCACUCGCGCAAGCAGCACGAGGACAACACGACGGUCCAACGAGUUUUAGCUAUUCGCCGACGGUUACCGGAUGUCCGGGUAGUGGCCCAGCUACUGUUAGAGCGAAAUGCCCACCGAUUGGCGAGGGAAGACGUUCGAGUAGUGUGCUGCGACGCGUUCAAAUACGCCAUGCUCGGGCGGAGCGUCGAGGUGCCCGGCCUGGCGCUGUUACUCACUACGCUGUUAGCCGAAGCGCCGGGCGCGGAGUACGCCCAGAAUUCGCAUAUCGGGAACACGCCGGAACUCUUACAGCCGGAGAACGAGAUGCUCAAGAACCACAAGGUCCGUGACUCAGCGUAGAAAAUCAACUUUGGUCGCGGUGAUGGCGUCUUCAUGAGACCACACCGAACGUACGCGCGCAGGCCUUCUCCUCGAAGAACGCGCUCGUGGACAACCAGCAGGCCGCCGAGAACCUGUUUGCGGAGCUCAAGGUCGGUAGAAGCGCGCAGCUCGCUUCGUCGGCCUUGCCGCACGGCGCGGCCGGUUUAACGUUCUCGGCGUUCGUGAAGCUCGCGGUGCAGGAGCACGACGUGCUGCCCGUUGCCGUGUGUUCCCAUUCGUCCGUGUGUACGUUCCCCGGCGAGUAUGUGUUGCGGGAGGACGACCGGUUGCUCGUGUUAGCUAGGCAGCCGUCUGACGUCGCGGCCUUCGAGCGCUGGGUCGCUAGGAACGCUUGGGAAGAGUUAAAUGAGAACAGCGUCGCCGAGGUAUUGCCGGUGCACGAACUCGUUAGAUCAACAUCAGCAGCGCGGCACUUGAGUGACGAGUUACGAGACAAAGUAGCGAGGCUGAAUGGCAAGGAACGGAGGGAGUACUUCGAACAAUGGCGAGCUAAACAUGUCGUGGACGAAGUGCCCGCCGAUGUCAAGGACCAUGUGGUCUUCUGCGGGACAUUACAGGGCGCUCCUUAUUUCUUGAAACCUCUAGCUUCGGACGCCGACGCCGACGGCCGGAUCCCGCAAGUUUGUUUGUUGACGCAUGAUCCCUCGGAGUGGGCCGACGAACACAAACUCGAACACGCUUUGCGGUCGUGCAUCUUCUACGAGCCCCUUGCCGACGAAGACGCGCAGCGCUUGUGGAUCGUUAGGGGUGAUCCCCGGACCGCGCCCGGUAGAGCAGAUUCAGGAUGGCCCUCGGCGCUCGAAAGAUGUCGCGUGGACACCGCCUCUACGUUUGUCAUGCCCAACGUGAAUGGCACGGUCGCGGAAGAAAACCUAGGUGGCGACGGCUACAACGUCCAGGUCACCAGAAACGUCCAGGCCCACUGCGCUUUAUAUGGCCAUUCACCAAAACUACUCGUGCAGCUACUGGACCCGGGCCACGUCAUCUUCUUCAAUCCGUGUGAAGAGUUACUGGAUGCCGGGGAGAUCUACGUUGAUACGUACUUGCAAUGCGCGGCCGUGGCGAUGCACUCGUCGGAGGCGGCGUUUGCGUUUGCGAACCAGUGCCUGGCCGUGGAUCGGUUACCGAUAGAUGCGGCCGACCCGGUGCUGGGCGACGGGCAAAGGUACGAGACGUGUCGAGUGAUUCUAGUGCGCGUCCCGCCCAAAUUCGUGGGAAAGCCCUACUCUACACUAGUACAACACGCCGUGGACCGCAAGCUGCUGCCCGUGGCGCUGUCGCGCUUUCCCGAGUCGCGGAGGAAACCCUAUGUGUUCGCGCACCCGCGCGGCCACGACGUCGUCGGCGCGCGGGACUGCGCCUUCGUUCUGGUGAAUAGGCUGUCGGACCUGACGGAGUACCGGGCGGUCUAGCUGCUCUCUUCCUAACUUUAGAAUUCAUACGG